AUGAGAGUUUUUAUAUCCAGAAUGACAUUUUCUUAUCUGUGCGCUCUGAUCCUGUUUGUCCUGUGUGGUGUGUUUGGUGCUGAUACAGAUGAAGUGAAGUCAGUGUCAGUAACUGAGGGAGAUUCUGUUACUCUACACACUGAUGUUACUGAAGUACGGAGAUAUGAUCAGAUACUGUGGAUGUUUGGACCUAAAGAGACUCGUAUAGCUGAAAUAUAUAACCAGAUGUUUAAGAGUAAAGAUAUAUUUGGAGACAGACUGCAGAUGAACUCUUUCACUGGAUCUCUGACCAUCAGAAACAUCAGAACCACAGACGCUGGACUUUAUAAACUACAGAUCCACGACAACAGCAGGAAAUCAGAGAAGAUAUUCAAUCUUACUGUCUAUGCUCGUCUGCCUGUUCCUGUCAUUACCGGAGACUCUUGUUCCACAUCAUCAGGAUCUUCAGUGUCCAGAUGUUCACUGCUGUGUUCAGUGUUGAAUGUGAGUCAUGUGACUCUCUCCUGGUUCAAAGGACACAGUUUAUUGUCCAGCAUCAGUGUGUCUGAUCUCAGCAUCAGUCACUCUCUUCCUCUGGAGGUGGAAUAUCAGGAGAAAAACACCUACAGCUGUGUGAUCAACAAUCCCAUCAGCAACCAGACUCAACAUCUGGACAUCAGUGAAGUCUGUCAGCCAAGUUCAGAAUCCAGCCGAUCUUUAUUUCUCAUUGUAGUAUUUCUGCUGUUGCUGCUGCUGCUCACAGUUGUAGUCAUGUUGAUUUUCUGUCACAGAAAUUACACACAAGCAAAACAAGACGGAGGCUAA